UGGCAAAAAGGUUAUGACGCAGCAGUCAGCUGAUAAUGAGAAGUUAGCUUAAUUUAUCUGUCAGGACGCCAUUGUUAUUGUAUUGUUUGUCCGUUUGUAUAUGAUAGCGUGUCUCGCAAUUAAUAGUACUUAGUGUAAAUUGUACGUUUUAUUAUAUCGUUCAAUAAAUUGAAGGGACAAAAGCACUGCAAUGGGUCUCAUUUGUUCUACUGCACAGCUUGCUUGUCUUUGUGGGAGCACAGCCUGCAGUUUCUGUUGUUCCCAAUGUCCAUCAUGCCGUAACAGUACAAGUACCCGCAUUAUGUACGCAUUGUUACUAAUGCUGGGUACUAUCGCUGCUUGCAUUACCUUGGCUCCUGGUUUACAGAAUGCCCUUAAAAAGGUUCCCUUCUGUUCUAAUAGUACAAAUUAUAUUACAUCAACAUUUACUGUUGACUGUGAAUCUGCUGUUGGUUAUUUAGCUGUGUACAGAAUAUGUUUUAUUAUAGCUCUUUAUUUCUUUUUGAUGUCAGUUAUGAUGAUUAGAGUAAGAAGCUCUAAAGAUCCUCGGGCUCCUAUACAAAAUGGGUUCUGGGCUAUUAAGUAUCUUUUAAUAAUUGGUGGAAUUGUUGGUGCCUUUUUCAUUCCUGAAAGGUCAUUUGGAAUAACAUGGAUGUAUUUUGGAAUGAUAGGAGGUUUUCUUUUUAUUAUUAUUCAAUUAAUUCUUAUUGUUGAUUUUGCCCAUUCGUGGGCUGAUGCUUGGGUGGGAAAUUAUGAAGAGACAGAAUCAAAAGGAUGGUACGCUGCGCUUUUGGGAGCAACAUUGUUCAAUUACGCUGUUUCUAUCACUGGAAUUGUGCUGCUUUUUGUAUAUUUCACUCACGUGGAUAGUUGUUCUGUGAACAAAUUUUUCAUAUCUUUCAACUUGAUUUUGUGCGUAAUUGCUAGUGUUAUAUCUAUUCUUCCAACUGUACAAGAACAUUAUCCACGUUCUGGUUUGCUACAAUCAUCUAUUGUUUCAUUGUAUGUUGUUUAUUUAACUUGGAGUGGAAUUUCAAACAGUCCAGAUCUUAAAUGCAAUCCCGGAUUUUUAGAGUUAAUUUCUGGCAAUGCACGAAAUCGUGUUGCUUUUGAUAAAGAAAGUAUUAUUGGUUUAAUCAUUUGGUUCAGCUGUGUAUUGUACAGUUCCUUACGUACAGCAUCAAAAUCUUCAAAGAUAACAAUGUCAGAGAAUGUUUUGGUCAGGGAUAAUGGUGCUGUUAGGAAUACAGAAGACCAGAAUCUUAUAGACAACGGAGACUAUACUCCAGUAGAAGGCCGUAAUCCGGAUUCUGAGGCUGGUAACGAAGCUAAAGUUUGGGACAAUGAAGAGGAGUCAGUAGCUUACAAUUGGAGUUUCUUUCAUCUUAUGUUUGCUCUUGCUACAUUAUACGUCAUGAUGACACUUACGAAUUGGUAUCAACCAAAUUCCGAUUUGGAUACAUUUAAUUCCAAUACUGCUUCAAUGUGGGUGAAAAUUAUAUCGUCAUGGAUGUGCUUAGGAUUAUAUGUUUGGUCAUUGAUCGCUCCUGCAGUACUGCCAAAUCGUGAUUUUUCUUAAGUAUGUGAAGAAUUUCAGUACAGAAAACUAACAGUUUCUGCCAUGUCUCUGUAUUUAAUAACUGAUGAUACAAUUAUCAUUUAUGAAUGAUUACACUGUAAAUAUCAUUAAACACUUUGUUUUUAUAUUUCUUAAGAUACUACAAUAAUACUAUUAUUGCAUUUUUACAUAUAUGAAGUAUUAUAAUUAAUAUUCUGUUAAUGAAGGUUAUUCAAUCUUUUAUCAAGAGAGAUUGAAUUUCCAAAAUUAUUUUCAAAAUGUUGCUUAAAUCAAGUUAUAAUAUAUGUUAGUAAAUAAGAUGAGCUUUAAGUGUACUUAUUGUAUUCUUCCUUCUUACAAAUAUGAUUAUAUAUUUUAAUUAGCAUAAGUUGUAUCAUUAAAGAAUAUCAUAGUAGAACAUAUUUAAGUAUUAUGCAUGCAUGCAUAUACAUUUAUGAAUUUCAUAUUUGAUCUGUUGAAUGUAAUAACAACUGUAUACAGAUAUGUUUUUUUCUAACAAUACUCUGUUUCAAUUUAGAUAAUAAAGAAAACAAAUUCAGUAA